CAAAAACAAAUACAACAAACAUGUCCUAUCCAAUUCCAACUCCAUACGAAUGGUCAACCACUCUCGAUAUUGGCAAUGCUGAAUUAAACGAACAACAUAAGAAACUCUUCACUUUAAUCAAUGCCUUGGAUGCCAAGAGAAGUUGUGGCACAACAUUGAAGGAAUUAUUAGAUUACGUUGUUUUCCACUUCAAGACUGAAGAAGAUUUGUUUGCUAAGGCUGGUUGGUCUGAAUCUGCCUCUCAUAAGGAAACUCAUGAUAAGUUUGUUCAGGAUGCUUUGGCAUUGACAAGCGUUGGAGAUGGUGAGAUGCAAUUUAUUAAGCAAUGGUUGAUUACUCACAUUUGUGCCUCUGAUAUGAAGUAUAAGGGUGUUAUUUAAAUAUUAUCCUUUUUUGUAAUUUUAGUAAAAAAACAAUUUUGUAAA